GUCAAUUAAUGAUAUUAGUUAUUUAUAUAUUGAUUACAAACCCCCUUUUUGUACACUGAGAAAUUCUUUUCAGUAGUCAUUGAAAUGGAUCUUUAUAUUCACAUUGUGCUAUUAUGGUUUAUCAUAACCAAAGUUUAUCCUAUCUUUGUAAAUCCAAUAUUUUAAUUAUUUAUAUUCCUUUUCAUAUACAGUACCAUAAUAAUUAUUCAAAUACGCACAUUGGGUAUAAUUACCACAAUUUGCUCUCUAUAUUAUUAAUUCUCUAGUAGACCUAGACCCCUAGUAAUUUUUCUUAAUAUGCAUGGAUCAACAAACCCGAUAACUAACUUCAAGCAUUAGCCCCUUGUAAUUGUGCAUUUUUUUAAUAAUUAUUCAAGUGUAAAAUACUCUAUAAUAAGCCGUUACACACAUAGUCAUCCAAACCUGUGAAUCUUAUGCAUAACAGUGAAUAUGGGGGGAGCUGACUUGGAUGACCGUAUGGUCGUAUCGCUCCCUCCAGUCUUACCAUAGACAGAGUUUAUUUAUUUGUAUUUAUGCUUUUAUAUUUGUUUUGGUUGACGAAUCAAUAAAUCUUUCUCUCGUACGAUAUGCCUUCCGGUACUGGUAUGAGCACGUUGUCCGGUCACUUUGUUAACCAGUGCUCAGUAUUCUAACCAAACACAUAUAAUUGAAUAUAUUUAUCCUCACUAUUGGAGUUUUAAGGAAACAGCCAUUUUUCCAUCUCCCACUACAAGAAGUUGCAAGGUUGCAGAGGCUAACCCAUUAAUCAUUGUCGCGCGGCGGCCGGUCAAUGCGAAUCAGCCUCCACCCACUCAAAUCAUAGGGUACUUUACUACACAGUAGUUAACAUCAAAAACAAGGCUUCAUACAUAUGAGCUGAGGCGAUUCUGUUUUUGGAAAUACCCGCAUCUUUCCAUUUCGACCUUGCCUAAUUCAAGCUUAGGUUUCAGUUUUCAAAACAAAUUCAAUUUGACUUUUACAGCUUUCAUAGAAAUUAUUAAAUUCAGUUGAAAUGUUUCGAAGCAAAUAUAUUUUACUAUAUAUAAUCUUACACAUUUUUUGUGAAGAGAACAUGGCGGAUAUAACAUCAUCUGGAUAUUCUUACACAAGCAACCCACUUACUCUAACUACCGGAAUGAGUUUUACAAGUAAGAAUACCAGUUGGGAAAAUUUAGAAGGCUUAUCUAACGCUACUACUAUCUCAAAGACAACUAGAGAAGUUGAAACAACGCCAGGAACAACUUUGGAAGUCAAGACAACAUCUACUCCUGUAAUAUUCCGCGACGCAGAAUGCUCUGGGCUUUGUAAUAAUUUAUCUGCUUAUUGUUAUGUUUGUAAUACCACAAAUGAUUGUACAUAUGGAAAGUACAAGAAUUUUUCAUGCAAUGUAAUUGAUACCUCACCAUGUACUGGAAGCCGAACUGUAAUGCGAGAAUUUCUUUGCAAAUACUGUUAUUUAACAAUACCAGGCGAAGAAUAUACAUGUGAACAGACUAACACUUCUUGCAACGUCGCAGCGACCCCAAGACAAAGGGUGAAAAUGAAUUGCACUGUACAUAAAAAUGUUUUUUGUCUUGGGAAACGGAAAUUUUCAAAAAUGACUUAUUGCAAUUGGACUUCUGGUUAUAAAUGGUCGACUGCGUUAAUAUUAAGCAUUACUCUCGGUGGAUUUGGUGCUGAUAGAUUUUAUUUGGGGUAUUGGAAAGAAGGAAUUGGCAAAUUGUUCAGCUUUGGUGGAGUGGGAGUAUGGACAUUAAUUGAUAUUGUACUAAUCGCUACUUCUUAUCUUGGUCCUUUCGAUGGUUCUGUUUACAUUUAUUAACAUGUUUUGUUAUUUUGUUCAAAUUUGUUCUAUGCAUUACAUUUUCACAACAGUAUAUGCAUGGUAACAUUGCAAUAUAUUUAACUUCUCUUGAGUUAUAGUUGAGCCUGAUGUAGGUCUUAUUUCAACCUAUCGUAUGGCGAACCAUUCAUUCAAAACAACGUUUAUCCCAACCUUACAUUUGGAAUAUUAAUUAACAUUUUAUUAU